AUAGCCUUAAACAUGACAACACCAGGUGAUAUUUCGAAUUUUUCCAAAAAUAUUAUUCUUGCUGAUAAAUGGGUGAAAUGGCUUGAUAGCGUUUCAAGAAGUGAUGAUAAAGGUUUGGAUCCGUAUCGUUUGGAUUUGCAAAGCUGUUCUGUUUUCAUUCAAAGUCUAUUGGCUUCGGCUAAAACUGAAAUUGAUGCUGCCUCAAAAUCAUCUAGCAAAUCAUCUUAUGCACAAGUUGUUGUUAAUAAUCAAAGUGGUAAUCAUAAUAUUGUUCAGAAAAAGACGGAAUUUGUUUGUAUAGUGGGGCCAGAUGAUAAUGAUAAUUCAAUCACUGAUUCUAAUCAAACGAUGAGUCGUUUGAAAGGUGCAAUUACUAGUAAGAAAAUAUCUGACCGUGGCUUGAAAAUUCUUAAACAAUUUCCAAUAAAGAAUAAAAAGGUAUUGUUAAAAUGUGAAUCAAAAUCUCAUUGCAAAAUUCUGGAAGAAGAGAUUAAUAAAUCUAAAUGCGGUAUUAAAGCUACCGUUCCAACGAAACGAAACCCGUGUUUGCAGAUUCUUGGUGUUGAACGUGACCUGGAGGAUGAUUGUAUUGUUAGAGCAAUUGAGUCACAAAAUGAAGCUGUUAAAGACUGCUUGAAGCUUGAGGGUCAAUUUUUAAAAGUUACCUUCUCCAAACUCGACCGUGUCGGUUCUAAGUUCGUUAUUCUUGAGGCUUCGCCUCAGAUCUGGCAAAUUUGUACUAAUCUGGGUAAUUUAUUUAUUGGCUAUAAAUGCUGUUUAGUCAAAAACCAUGUUAAUGUUCGUCAUUGUUUCAAAUGUCUUCGUUUUGGUCAUAUUGCAAAAUUUUGUAACAAUAAUCCAGUUUGCUCUAAAUGUAACGAUGGUCAUUCAUCAAAAGACUGUUCUGUUCAAAUUACAACUACUCGAUGUGUUAAUUGUAUCUGGACUAAUCAAAAUCGUAGAGAGAAUGCGGAAUUAGUGAACAUUGAUCAUUCGGUCUUCAGUAAGGAAUGCCCGCUUUAUAAAUCUGCUUUGGAAAAAACUUAUAAUUAUUAUGACUAUGGGUACUAAUCAUAAUA